ACCAUCGAAGAAGAACAUUGACCAAUCAUCAACGACAAGUUAUGUCCGUGUAAAUCUUGGCUCAACGCUAGCCAACAAGCUAAUAGAUUUACGGUUUUGCGUUAUCAUUUUCGACGCCCUACUGUUUAUUGGUCGACGAAACCUUUUAAGCGCCUGACACAAUGGACAGUGAAAUGUCUGACGCGGACCCUGCACCAGGGCCUGAUACCAGUAGCUUGGAGGGGGAGAAUGCACCGCUUUACUGUAUUUGUCGGAAACCAGACAUCAACUGCUUCAUGAUUGGCUGUGAUAACUGCAAUGAGUGGUUCCAUGGCCACUGUAUUAACAUCACUGAGAAGAUGGCAAAGGCGAUCCGGGAAUGGUACUGCAUGAGAUGCAGAGAUAAAAACCCCUUGUUGGAAAUUAAGUACAGAUCAAAGAAAAAUCGUGACAAGGACUCUGAAGCUGAAAGAUCUGACAGACAGUACAGCACCCCCAGCACUCCUGACUAUAGGAGUGAAAGAAGGCGUGGCUCAAAAGUGAAGCGUUCAGUGCGAAUGUGUGGGGAAUGUGAGCCCUGCAGAAGGACAGAGGACUGUGCCCAGUGUGAUUUCUGCAAGGACAUGAAGAAGUUUGGAGGCCCAAACAAAAUAAGACAGAAGUGCAGGUUCAGGCAAUGUGAGGUCCGAGCUAGGAAAAUGCUGCGUGUGAAAGAAGAAGAACUCUUGCGAGAAAGAAGACAAAAUUCCCGCUACAGACGGCGGCGGUACUCUGACGACUAUGACAGCGAGGCAGAUCUCUACCAGAAGUACAAGGCGGCAGGGCUUGUUGACAGCAUGGCAUGGGGUAGUGAUGAUGAUGACGAUGAGCAGCCUUUCAGUCCUGUCUUGCGUAAGAAAGCUGUGAAAGUGAAGCAUGUCAAGAGAAGGGAAAAGAAAUUUGACAAGAAAAAGGAGUCUCGUCGCCAUAAACAAAAGCAGAAGCACAAAGACAGAAGUAGACACAGUGAGAGAGGUGAUUUGCGGGAUAGCUCAGGGCACCGGCAGUGCCUGGGUCCCGGCUGUGUGGCGGCAGCAAGAGCCAACUCCAAAUACUGUUCUGAGGAAUGUGGCAUGAAACUAGCUGCUAACCGAAUCUAUGAGAUCCUCCCCCAACGUAUCCAGCAAUGGCAGCAGAGUCCCUGCAUCGCAGAGGAGCAUGGAAAGAAGCAGCUGGAGCGCAUUCGCAGGGACCAGCAGAACGCUCGGCUUCGCCUCACAGAGAUGGAGCGACGUUUCCACGAGCUGGAGGGCAUCAUUGCCAAGGCCAAGCAGCAAGCAGUUCAGCAGGAUGAGGAGGUGAAUGAAGGCGACAGCGAGGAUACAGACUUGCAGAUUUUCUGUGUUUCUUGCAGUCAUCCUGUUAAUCCGAAAGUAGCACUGAGACAUAUGGAGAGGUGCUAUGCAAAGUAUGAGAGUCAGACAUCAUUUGGUUCCAUGUAUCCUACAAGAAUCGAAGGAGCAACCAGGCUCUUCUGUGACGUGUACAAUCCUCAAAGCAAAACGUAUUGUAAGAGGCUCCAGGUUCUAUGUCCAGAACAUUCUAGAGAUCCCAAGAUUCCAGUGGAUGAGGUGUGCGGAUGUCCUCUGGUGAAGAAUGUGUUCGAGCUGACGGGAGAAUAUUGCAGAGUCUCAAAAAGGAAAUGUAACAAGCAUUACAACUGGGAAAAGCUCAGGAGAGCAGAAGUGGACUUGGAACGGGUCAGGGUGUGGUACAAGCUGGAUGAGCUCUUCGAGCAGGAACGUAACGUCAGGACUGCGAUGACCAACAGAGCUGGUCUGCUCGCUCUAAUGUUGCACCAAACUAUUCAGCACGACCCUGUAACGACUGAUCUCCGUAGCAACAAGGAUAGGUAGCCAGCAUUGUCUGCAUCUGUGGAUCGCUGUACAUAACAAGACUGAGGGUUUAGACUAUUCAGAUGAAAACUGAUUGAUUUUCUAACUAGAUGACUAUUUUGAAAUGUUGCAUUAUGACUAACUGGUCAGUUGUUACUGUGUGUAUGUGUAUAUAUAUUGUGUCAGAAAAACUAUUACCCAUAGAAAACAGUGUUUUGUCAUGGUUAGCUUAAAUAAAAGAAUUUAAAUUGC